GUUAACGGUUGAUUUUGAAAAUUGAAGCGGAGUUCACGCAAAGCGCCAAAAAAAAAAAAGAAACAGAAGAAUUCUACUCUGUAAUGGUUACUUAGUAUAUGGCCAAGAAAGAAAGAAAGAAAAUUGUAACAAAGGAAACGGAAGCGGUGCGACGCGGCGCGGCUAGUAAAGAAAAUAGAAAAUAACAACCAUAAAAACGUAUGCAAGUAUUGGUUUGGAUAUUAUCGUUGUUGGUAUAAGUUCCUAUUGUGCGUGUGUGUGUUAGCAAAGUACUUGCUAGUGUUUGUGUGUGUGUGUGUGUAUUUCUUACCAAUAAAAAUGUAAAUUUUUUUGGCAACUACAUGGAAAAGUGGUUUACCCAUAGAUAUUUUGGUUAAACAACAACAACAGCAGCAGCGAGAAAAUUUGAAAAAAAGUGGCAACAGCAAAGAAAAUAAAUUGUUCACCAGUGAAGUUUGCUGUCUAAAAUAGCUGUUCUAAAAAAAGUUUUUAAUAUUUUUUUUAAAAAGGAAAAUAUGUUUCAAAACCCAAGAUAGCAAAAGCAAAAAGUGAUUUCAAUGUCAGGUGUUGUGUAAUUCGCUGAGUGUGCAUGAAAUCCCGCUUAGUAUAAGCACAUCCAGUAGCCAAGCUACAAUGCAAUAGGAUACAACAAACCAUGUCUCAGCCAAGUAAACGAGGUGGCCGUGGCGGGGCAGCCGGCGGUGUGGGUCGGAAGACCCCCUCAUCGGUUGCAGGUGCCGCCAGCAGCACACCGGACGAGUCAACGGCCGCUAGUGAACGCAAUACUCCAGCCAGCAAAGCUGAAUCCGAUCCCAAGGACGAUAGUUCCGUGAAUGGUGAUCGCAAAGAUGCCGAUGCAGCUCCCAAACCGCCCAGUGCGGGGGCAUCAAUACGAGAAACGGCCAAUAAAGUUCUGUCGCUGGCCAUGAAAAGCGAAUGGACUCCCGUCGAACAAGAAUUGAAGAAGUUGGAAAAAUAUGUGGCCAACCAAGGCGAAGAUGGCAACACCAUCCCCCUGGCGGGUGUCCACGAUCCGAACACUGGAAUGACUCCCCUAAUGUAUGCAACUAAGGACAAUAAAACUUCGAUUAUGGAUCGAAUGAUUGAAUUGGGUGCAGACGUCGGAGCCAGGAAUAACGACAAUUAUAAUGUGCUGCAUAUUGCAGCAAUGUAUUCGCGUGAGGAUGUCGUAAAGCUGUUACUGAACAAACGUGGUGUUGACCCUUUUUCAACAGGAGGGUCACGUUCACAAACGGCAGUCCAUUUGGUUUCCAGCCGACAAACAGGAACAGCAACAAACAUUCUGAGAGCAUUAUUGGCAGCAGCUGGAAAGGAUAUACGACUUAAAACAGACGGUAGAGGAAAAAUACCCCUGCUACUGUCUGUUGAGGCUGGCAAUCAGUCGAUGGUUCGAGAGCUGUUAUCGGCACAAACGGCCGAACAACUGAAGGCAACCGCUGCUAAUGGAGAUACGGCAUUGCAUUUGGCCGCCAGACGGCGGGACGUCGACAUGGUGCGCAUUUUGGUCGACUACGGUACGAAUGUCGAUACGCAAAAUGGAGAAGGUCAAACGCCACUGCACAUUGCUGCCGCUGAAGGCGAUGAAGCGCUGCUGAAGUACUUCUAUGGCGUCAGAGCCUCCGCCUCCAUAGCCGACAAUCAAGAUCGCACUCCGAUGCACUUGGCUGCGGAAAAUGGACAUGCCCAUGUCAUCGAAAUAUUGGCGGACAAAUUCAAGGCUAGCAUAUUUGAGCGCACGAAAGAUGGCAGCACGCUCAUGCACAUUGCGUCCCUCAAUGGUCAUGCGGAAUGCGCAACAAUGCUGUUCAAGAAAGGUGUAUAUCUGCACAUGCCAAAUAAGGAUGGUGCCCGGAGCAUUCACACGGCUGCUGCCUAUGGCCAUACGGGCAUUAUCAACACCCUCCUCCAGAAGGGGGAGAAGGUCGAUGUGACGACUAAUGACAAUUACACAGCCUUGCACAUUGCUGUAGAAUCAGCCAAGCCGGCUGUGGUGGAAACUCUGUUGGGCUUCGGCGCCGAUGUACAUGUCCGCGGAGGUAAAAUGAAUGAAACCCCUUUGCAUAUAGCCGCUAGAGUUAAGGAUGGCGAUCGAUGUGCUUUAAUGCUCCUUAAGUCCGGUGCUAGUCCCAAUUUAACUACCGAUGAUGGCCUGACGCCGGUGCAUGUUGCCGCCCGUCAUGGCAAUCUGGCCACGCUGAUGCUACUCCUCGAAGAUGACGGCGACCCCCUCUACAAGUCCAAUACCGGUGAAACACCUCUUCAUAUGGCUUGCCGUUCUUGUCAUCCCGAGAUUGUGAAACAUUUAAUCGAUGUCUGCAAAGAGAAGCAUGGACCAGACAAAGCCACCACCUACAUCAACUCCGUGAACGAUGACGGGGCCACCGCUUUACAUUACACAUGCCAAAUUACCAAGGAGGAGGUGAAGAUUCCCGAAUCCGAUAAGGAAAUCGUUAGAAUGCUACUGGAGAAUGGGGCCGACGUUUCGCUCCAGACGAAGAACGCUUUGGAGACGGCCUUCCACUACUGUGCCAUGGCAGGCAACAACGACGUGUUGAUGGAGAUGAUAGCCCACAUGAACCCCACUGAAAUUCAAAAGGCCAUGAAUCGACAGUCCUCGGUGGGGUGGACGCCCCUGUUGAUAGCCUGCCACAGAGGCCACAUGGAACUGGUCAACAACCUUUUAGCGAAUCAUGCCAGAGUUGAUGUGUUUGAUAUUGAAGGUCGAUCAGCGCUGCAUUUGGCUGCCGAGCGGGGCUACCUGCACGUGUGCGAUGCUCUGCUCACCAACAAGGCCUUCAUCAAUUCCAAGUCACGCGUUGGUCGCACGGCGUUGCAUCUGGCCGCGAUGAACGGUUUCACGCAUCUCGUGAAGUUCCUCAUUAAGGAUCACAACGCCGUCAUCGACAUUUUAACAUUGCGCAAACAGACGCCACUUCAUCUUGCUGCGGCCAGCGGCCAGAUGGAGGUAUGUCAGCUCCUACUUGAGUUGGGAGCUAACAUAGACGCGACCGACGAUCUGGGACAGAAGCCGAUACAUGUCGCCGCGCAGAACAACUACUCAGAAGUGGCCAAAUUAUUCCUGCAGCAGCAUCCAUCGCUGGUGAAUGCGACGAGCAAGGACGGCAACACCUGCGCGCACAUCGCAGCCAUGCAGGGUUCGGUGAAGGUAAUCGAAGAACUGAUGAAAUUCGAUCGAUCUGGCGUGAUAUCUGCUAGAAAUAAAUUGACUGAUGCCACGCCGCUACAACUGGCUGCCGAGGGAGGUCACGCGGACGUGGUGAAAGCUUUGGUACGAGCCGGGGCCUCCUGUACGGAGGAGAAUAAGGCUGGUUUCACGGCGGUACAUCUCGCUGCCCAGAACGGACAUGGCCAGGUAUUGGAUGUUCUAAAGAGCACGAACUCUUUGAGGAUCACCAGCAAGAAAUUGGGACUGACACCGUUGCAUGUGGCCGCCUAUUACGGCCAAGCAGACACGGUGCGGGAACUGCUGACUAGCGUGCCAGCCACGGUGAAAUCCGAAACGCCCACAGGCCAAAGCCUGUUCGGGGAACUGGGUACGGAAUCGGGAAUGACGCCAUUACAUUUGGCGGCUUUUUCUGGAAAUGAGAAUGUCGUUCGUCUACUGCUGAAUUCGGCAGGAGUGCAAGUGGACGCGGCCUCAACGGAAAACGGCUAUAAUCCACUUCAUUUGGCUUGCUUCGGUGGUCACAUGUCAGUGGUUGGUUUGCUUCUGAGUCGGUCCGCAGAACUCCUUCAGUCGACCGAUCGUCAUGGUCGCACUGGCCUCCACAUAGCUUCCAUGUACGGUCACUUUCAAAUGGUGGAGAUUCUGUUGGGGCAAGGCGCAGAAAUAAAUGCAACCGACAAAAACGGUUGGACGCCACUGCAUUGUGCCUCCAAAGCCGGCCACUUGGAGGUGGUGAAACUUCUUUGCGAGGCCGGAGCAUCGCCGAAAUCGGAGACAAAUUACGGAUGUGCUCCUAUUUGGUUUGCUGCCUCCGAGGGUCAUAACGAUGUCCUGCGCUAUCUGCUGAACAAGGAACACGACACGUACGGUCUAAUGGAGGACAAACGGUUCGUGUACAAUCUCAUGGUUGUAUCGAAGAACAACAAUAACAAGCCGAUACAAGAGUUUGUUCUGGUGGCCCCUGCUCCGGUUGACACCGCAGCAAAGCUGUCCAAUAUCUACAUUAACUUAUCCACCAAGGAGAAAGAGCGGGCAAAGGAUCUCGUAGCUGCCGGAAAGCAAUGCGAAACCAUGGCCACCGAACUACUCGCUUUGGCUGCUGGCUCCGAUUCGGCUGGGAAGAUUCUACAGGCAACGGACAAAAGAAAUGUGGAAUUUCUCGACGUGCUAAUAGAGAAUGAACAGAAGGAAGUCAUUGCCCAUACCGUGGUCCAAAGAUACCUGCAGGAACUCUGGCGGGGAUCGCUGACGUGGGCAUCUUGGAAAAUUUUACUACUCUUGGUUGCCUUCAUUGUGUGCCCACCGGUGUGGAUUGGUUUCACCUUUCCAAUGGGUCACAAAUUCAACAAAGUGCCUAUAAUUAAGUUCAUGUCCUACCUUACCUCCCACAUCUUCCUAAUGAUCCAUCUCAGUAUUGUUGGUAUUACGCCUAUAUAUCCGGUGCUGCGUCUCAGUUUGGUCCCCUACUGGUACGAAAUAGGUUUGCUCAUUUGGUUGAGUGGCUUACUUUUGUUCGAGUUGACGAAUCCGUCCGACAAGUCGGGACUGGGAUCAAUCAAGCUACUUGUGCUGCUGCUGGGCAUGGCCGGCGUGGGUGUCCAUGUGGCGGCAUUCUGCUUCGUUUCCAAGGAGUAUUGGCCGACACUCAUCUAUUGCCGUAAUCAGUGCUUUGCAUUGGCCUUCCUGUGUGCCUGUGUGCAAAUAUUGGACUUUCUCUCGUUCCAUCACCUGUUCGGACCAUGGGCCAUCAUUAUCGGUGACCUGCUGAAGGAUUUGGCGAGAUUUCUUGCUGUCUUGGCCAUAUUCGUAUUUGGCUUUUCCAUGCACAUUGUGGCUCUGAAUCAAUCGUUUGCGAAUUUUACGCCCGAGGAGUUGCGUUCUUUCGAGAAACGUAACCGCAAUCGUGGUUACUUCAGCGAUGAUGAUAUGCCAACUCCUCGUCCACCGCCACCAGAGAAUUACGUGGAUUCGAGUCGUAGUAUGCUAAGCGAAUUCCGGCGCAAGCACAAAGAUGAUCUGCGCAUGCAUCCGAUACAUUCUUUUGAGUUAUUAUUCUUUGCCGUGUUUGGUCAAACGACGACCGAACAGACACAGGUUGACAAAAUCAAUAGUGUAAACGCGCCCACUCAACCCUACUGGGUGGAGUAUCUGUUCAAGAUAGUGUUCGGUGUCUAUAUGUUGGUGUCGGUGGUAGUGCUAAUUAACCUGCUAAUUGCUAUGAUGUCCGAUACCUAUCAGCGGAUACAGGCCCAAUCGGAUAUCGAAUGGAAAUUCGGCUUGUCGAAGCUUAUACGCAAUAUGCAUCGCACAACGACAGCGCCAUCGCCGCUUAAUUUAGUUACCACCUGGUUUAUGUGGAUCGUUGAGAAGGUCAAGGCUCGCAUGAAGAAAAAGAAGCGUCCAAGUCUGGUACAGAUGAUGGGAAUACGCCAGGCUAGUCCUCGCACUAAAGCCGGUGCCAAAUGGCUUUCAAAAAUUAAAAAAGAUUCAAUGGCCCUGUCAGUGGUACACUUAUCCCCACUGGGAUCGCAAACAAGUUUUUCAGCUGCCAAUCAAAACCGUAUCGAAAAUGUUGCCGACUGGGAAGCCAUUGCCAAGAAGUACAGAGCCCUGGUUGGCGAUGAGGAUGCCGGCUCCCUCAAGGAUUCAGAUGCUGAAAGUGGUUCUGUGGAAGGCGGCGGUGGUGGUGGAGGGCCAUCACAACCUCCCGCUCAGGUGGGCAAUAAUAUUUCACAAACGCAGCCAAAUGUCUAAAUGAGACAGUAGUUCUAAUCAGUCCGCUUGCUACUUUUCUCUAACGCUAACAUUAAAAUAAGAUUAUUUAAUAUUUUGCAGGUCUAAAUAACUCUAAGGAUAUUGUAAUUUUAACGUAUCGCUAAGUAAAUAGUUUUGUACAUUUCAAGUUUAAGUAAUUUCUAGAAGAGAUAUAGCUAGUCAACCAAUUUAAAAGAAAAAAACACAUUGUGCAUUAUUUUCAUUUCCGUUUAUUUUGUAUCCGAAUUUGUAUAGCUAUUUUAGAAAAAGAAACAAAAAAAAAAAAACAACAAAAACGUCAUGUUUUCCAUCACAAAUGAGUCUGCAAUUGGGAGUUCGCUCUCCAAUUAGGGACUACUACAAUUAAUUAGGUGUUAUAGUACAUAUCAUCGAUCCAUAAGUAACCUUUAUCAAUGGCCAUAACGCCACGAAUUCCUAAUGUUUUCCGUAUUUUUAUUCCGUGUGGUAGUAGCUAAUGAACUUUGUUUUAAUUGAUGUACUUCGAAAUGAGAUAUUUAAUAAAACUCUAGCAUAAGUUUGUAAGAUAUGAAUGUAUAUUUUUGAAUUUUAUCAACUUUUUUAAUAAAUUUAUUUUAUUUUCUGAAAA